GAAUGUAUGACCUUGAAUCUUAUAUUUAUCUGAACACUACUAAAGUAAGUAAUGAACUUAAAUAUAAAUAAAGGGUCAAGGUCAAGGUUUGAAACAAUUCAGCUGACAUACUAUUACACAAUGUUAUUUGUAAUUUGUACGUUUAACCUUGACCCUGUCAAAUAAGGCUUCCCGUAAUAUUUCCAAUAAUACGUCAUCGCAACUCUGAAAGCCUGCAAUACAGUGUGGUAAUUGUAUUGUUUGAUUUAUUACGCAAUGGAAUUUAUAUGCUGUAUACCAAUUACCAAGUAAAUAACUGAAUGUAGUUAACCUACAAAGCAAAAUACUUUAUAUAGCAUCUACGUACAAUUAUGUACACACCAAAUUGUAUAUGAUUCAUUAGCUAUCAUUACAUACAUAAUGUUAUCCGAAAAGAUAAUACUCUAAAUUAAACAACUGAAUAACGAUUCAUUCACGAUAGGCUAACUGAGUAAAUUAUACAACAUUCGAACAUUUAAUUGUUCUGGUGAACAGGUUUCAUAAACCGGAAGUGUCGUGUCAUGUUAUAAAAGUAUACCCACAUGUUAUUACUUCAUUAGUUACUGUUGUUGAUUGUAUCUGUCAACACAGCUUUGCAAUAUUUAUGUUCUAUACUUUUGUGAAAACCCCUAAUUUUAUGAAUAAGAGUGUCAUUACAAAUUAAAUUAAAUUGCACCCUAUAAAUUUAAACUAUACGGUACUUGGAAAAUGAUUUUGGCAUGAACAUUGUCGUUGCAGCUCCAGCGAAUGGGAAACACCGGUGAGACAAGAUGACUUCUCCUGGGUCUGAACAGCAACAGAGUUCUCCAGAUGGACAUUUAAUUUCUCCAAGGAAUUCUCAGAGAGCUCUGCCUUCAUUCUCGUUUUCCCGGAUUCUCUCAGAAUAUCCUAACUUGUGCUUGGGUUCUGAUGAGAGCGAAGAUGAAAAUGAACCAUUCACUGACGAUGUUCGAGAGGAAAAGGAUCAACCCAUGUUUUCCUUCUCUAGACUUGCCUCGGAGCAUCCACACCUGUGUAGUGUCCAUGAUGAGAGUGAAGAAGGUGGAAGUGAAAGCAGUGAUGAUUCUUUGACAAGAACUCUGCUGCAGAUCCAUCAACAGUCAGAGUCACCAGUCUAUAGAAGGUCUUCAGUGAAGAAACCAUCACCGCUAAAGCCUUCUAUAGAUAUCACCAGAGGAGGUGGAAGUACAAGCAGUGAUGACUCUUUGACAAGAGCUCUAUUGCAGAUUCACCAUUCACCAGUUUGUAAAAGGCCCUUGGAGGAGAUACCAUCACCACAGUGGCCUUCAGUCGAGAGAGGAGGUGGAAGUACAAGCAGUGACGACUCUUUGUUAAAAGCCCUAUUACAGAUCAAUUAUUCACCAGUUUGUAGAAGGUCCUUGGAGGAGAUACCAUCACCUCAGAGGCCUUCAGUCGAGAGAGAGAACUCGACAGGUGGUUCACAAACUUCAAGUGUCUAUCCAAGUAAACAUUUCUUGGAAAAGGCGUCAACUUUGUACAAGUUGAGAAGAGUGACACCUCCACAGAUGAGAAAGUCACCUAUACAAAGAUCACCUUUUUCAACAGCAAUAGAUCCAUAUGCUGUGGGACUGGUAGUGGUGCAGGAGACCCUGCAGGAACAUACACGACUGAUGGACGAGCUGAAACGUGACAGGGAGACACAGAGUUGGCGAGCAAGACAGGAGCCUUGUCCCUGCGAUGUGGCCAGGCACCCGCGUCCCUGGACCAUGGAUAUCAUCACAGCUGUGCAUAGCUACAGCUUCCUGCUCGACUGCCAGGGUCUAGAGAUGCUGAGGAGCAGAGUGGUGGGGGCCAACAGCACAGAGACUGUAGUGAUCUAUAAUGUUCCGAUGUUGGAGAGACAUCACUGGAAAAUGAAGGCAGAGAAUGUGUUGCGGUUUGUGGACAUAGAGCUGGGAGUGGGCGACCAGAUGGCAUAUGAUCUCUUCCACUAUGUGCAACCAUGCAACAGACAGAUCAUGGUCGUGGUGUCUUCACGUAGAGUGGUGGGACUUAUUAUCGCUGAAAAGAUGGAGUGGGCGAAUCGGAUUCUGAUGGAGACAGAGAGAUAUCGAGACCUAGAAGAGGAUCCGGUUCCUGUUCGGGUCGGUGUAAACCGAUUGUGGAUCCAUGUCAGCAUGAGGAGACAGCACUUGGCCACCUGUCUCUGCCAUCUAGUGAGGAAAAUGUUUUAUGAAGAUGAAGAACUACAACUGAAAGAUUUUGCCUUCAACGACAUCUCUGAUGCAGGAGUAGCAUUUGCUAAAAUGUUCCUUAAAACCAACGCAGUACCCUUAUAUAGUGGGAAAACUGGAAUGCGGCAUUAAUAGCUCUCAUACAGUACGAUUCCAUUUUAAGCUAUUUGAAAAUAGAAGCGGAAUACAGUGGACCAAACUAUUGUGUAAAUAUUUAUUACACAUUAUAAAAAUAACAGUAAUUUACUGUACAAAUAUGUAAUAAUACAUCAAUUUAAUUGUUAUAAAAAGAGAUAUAUAUUACAAAGAUGCACAUAUGGACUUACAGGAUGUCCUGUUGUAAUCAGAACUUUAGCUUUAUGAUGGAUAGUAAUAUAAUAAUUUAUUCCAGAUAUUGUUGGUGAAUACAUUUAAUUAAUUAAUUAAAUAAGAUAUACACAGUAGAUUUCCUUGAUUGUUAAAACAGUGUAGAAAUAAAUUAGUACCUUCUACUGUAGCAAAAAUAUUGCGUUCUUAAUUUUUUAUUAUAUCUAUAUUUCCAAAGUUGUGGUUACACACAAAAAAGAGCCUGAUAUAUAUUAGGACAUAUAUACUUAGGAAUUAAAAACAAUGAAUCUUAUAUACUGUAUGUGUUUACCAAAUUGUUUAAUUUGGUUUUGUACAUGAUAAAUUGUCCACAAUCCAUUUUAGAUCUGUCAUACAUGGGAAAAGACUAUAAGAAACAUGGGUGACAGUCUGCAAGAUAACCGACCCUUAUGUAACAUAAAUAAAUUUUGCCACAAUUUGUAAAACUUGACUCCUUAACUUGUGAUCCAUUAACUC